CCAAAUUAUCCAAACUUUGGGACAUCAGAAGCUGAGAACUAGAUCUGCACGCCCCAUUUUAUUAAAAUUACAGAUUUUUUUAUUAAAGAUAUAAAGAUAAAGAUUUAAAUUUAAUCUAAAAAUGUGUAAUUUAAAUCAAAUGUCCGGCGGUUGGCAGAGAUAUCACUAUUCUUGCUGUCGUCAGAGAAUGCAUCCUAAUAGAUGGGAUAAUUCCAGGAAAAUGGUUGGAACAGCUCCACUGAAAAAUACGAAGGAGUCCAAGGCUGGAAUGAAUUUUGAAGAUAAAAGCCAAGCUCUAUCGAAGCCAAACUCUGUAGCUGGGAAAGUUUCUCCCCGAACUUCUUCAACUGGUAAAAAGGUAUGUGAAGGAACUUCAAUACUAACCAGUUUGUACAAAAGAAGUUCUUGUAAUAACUCUUUGACUAGUCAAGUGAAACAAAGAAGCAAGGGAUCUGUAAAUAUGGAAGAUGAACUGUUGUCUGCCACAAACUCAAAUUUCCGUACCUCAAAUAUGAAGGUUUUUCCCAAUGUAGUAACACAGAAGAAGAAAACCCCUUCGGAAGCAUAUAAAAAUAUGAGAACAUAUCCCAAGGCCAAACCUGUUUUGGAGGAAGAUAAGAAAGCUCUUGUAAAAUCUAAGCCGAAACGUAAAAAAAUACAAACUAAAAAGAUAAUAGCAAGAUCGACAGCAGGAAAUAUUGACGAAGUGGACGAUGGUAUUUGGUUCGAGUGCAAUGUACCCUUUCGUGUAAAUAUUCCAUUUCCUUUUAGUAUUAAAAAUCUCUUUGGGUUCCAGUCAUUUCCAGGCAAUAACAAUUUACAAUCCCUUAAAGCCGUUGUUCCAGCAAGACCCUUGCAGAGGGAUAGAAAAGUAGAAUGGCCUUUCAACUUCUCAAUGUUUCCUGCUAUAACAGCACCAGAUCCUGCCUCCAACACGUCUUCCGGCAAGGCGUUAACACUCCCAAAAAAGAAAGGAUUAAGACGUGGAAGAAAAUGCUUUCCCUGCGAAACAGCAACUCAAACUACUGAAGAUGGAAAAGACGAUCCUGUUCUAUGUUGCCUGGAGCAAAUCAGAAACCAACUAGCUGUCAAAUCUCCUGAGAACCACGAAAAGAACUUGAGUCGCUUCUUUUCCGAAAAGUCCACAAAUGUAAGGAGUAUUCAAAGGCAGAAAAUUGAAACGGAUUUAGAAAAUACAAGCAAGUCAACCAUAAAGGAUUAUCUUCAAUCUAACAGAGCUAGUGAAAAUGGAAGUUUUAAACAGUCCCAAAAGAGACUAUCAUCAGUGGUCUUCCAAAACAUUUUACCAAAACCUAAUUCCAAGGCUAGGAAAAUGGAAAAUAAAAAUAAGUUACCUAAAACUAUGUCAAAAUCGAACUCCAGGUCUUCUUUAAGUAUCAGAGGAUCUAGAAAAGAUUCACAAACAACAAAGGAAAGGACUUCUGGUUCUAUUCUGGAUGUGGACGAUAAGGAAAAUGAUUUAGUAAAUCCUACCAAAGAAGUUCCAAAAUCCCCAACUUUUCACACUUGUCAUCCACAUAUUCUUCCGAAAUUUACAAGGGUAGUGCUACCCAGAGGAAUGUAUCCAAAUAAUUUUAUGAACAGAUGUCCUAUGAUGAGAUGGCAAUGCCCUAGGCAACCCCAUCAACAAUAUUACCAACCGCAAAAAGUUUGUAAGCCCACGUUUUCUACAACUGCACCCAAAGAGACUCCUUGUAAUACUAAUAAGAGCUGCCAAGAUAAUAAAUCAAAUGAUCAUAUAUACUUAAGAAAACGGAGCUCAAGUUACAAUCCAUCAACUGAAAGCCAAAAGCCAAAAGAAGACUAUUCUGAACAUAGUUACGAUGGAUCUUAUAGUUCCAGCAGAGCCCAAAGUAACUACGACUCCAAGAAUCAAUCCUUAAGCACCGUAAGAAGUAGAUCUUACAAGACAUCUAAUAAUACUAUUUCUAAGGGGAAGCCCAGUGAUAGAGACCGUUAUUCUGAUAGAUCAAAUACGUCAUACGAAAGCUUAGAAAAAUCGUCGCAGAAAAAACAAAAAGGUACUAGCAGCUACGUAUCCCUGGCAUCUUCUAGAAGAUCAUCCACUAGGAGUACAAAAUAUCCAAAGUCAGUUAGAUCAUCCAAUGUAAGCGAGGUUGAAAAGGUUAAAUUAAAAAAAGAAGUAUCGCAAAAAAGUCAAAAUAUGAAUAAACCAAAUCAACAGGAAAAGAAUCGUAUAAGUUCUGGUGGGGAAACCUGUAAUAAGGAAGGUAAUAAUAAUGAAAUUUGUGAGGAGAUGAACUCACAGUUUACGAAUUCAUCGCAAUACAGUUCUUUGGAGGCCAUAAAAGCCGAAAAAUAUAAAUGUGAUAAGAAUGGAAGUGAUAUUAGUAAAGUUUCGGAGAGAUCAGUUUCUGAAAGAAAAGAAAGAAAGUACUACAGGCAGAGUACGGAAAAACCAAUAAGGGAUUGUUAUAUUCCCUAUAGACAGAAUAAAGGAAGUGAUUCAAACGAACUGAUAUGCAGGGACCAAGGCAUUGAGAACUCAGAUGAAUCCAAAACAGAAAGCUAUGCAACGAAUUCGGAAUAUACUUCUGAGGAACUGUCCAUGUCGUCAGAAAGCCUAUCUAAAGAUCGCUCAAAUCAAAUUCCAGUUUCCGAAAAACCUAAUUGCAUUAGGAUAAAUCAAAAUCGUAAUGUAGAUAGGGGAAGCUGUUAUAGGCAGCGAUCCCAAUCGGCGCCUGAAUGUUGGAUACUUCAUUAUCCCCAAAGAAAUCAUAUAAACAGAUCUGAAAAGUCUUACCUAUGCCAGCCUUUUGAAGUCCCAUCGUCAAGCAGAAAUAAAAAUUGCACAGUAGGAGGCCCCACAUGUCCUGAAACGGUCCUUGUUCUUCAGGACGAAACUUGCGAAAGCGAAUCAGAUGAUUAUGAAUUUGUGCCAUGCAAUAAAUUUUUAACACAAAUGGGUGGUGAGGAUGUUUCGUGUAAAACCGCAGAUUAUAGUAUCAAUCCUGAGUUUUUAAAGCAAUUUGCAAACCAAGAAAGCCCUGGUAAUAAAUACAAGGAAAGUACUUUACAGCCGAGGGAGAAUCAAUGCGUAGAUGACAGUAAAAUUGUACAUAAGGGACAAGAAAGAGAAAACCCACCUCUAGUACUGGUUCCUUUUCGUAUGAACGAUAUUCCCCAACCAAAGGCAUUGAGAGAUCUGGGCCUUAAAUUAGCCAUGCUUAAUCAGAACCAAAUGCAAAUGACUGCAAAAACAACCAAAUCUCAAAGGAAGUCUUUUGAAAGGAUUGAAAAUAAUAUACAGAACACGACCCCUGAAAGCAGUUCACGUUCCUCAACUCGCUAUUCACCUUCAUCACGAUCUAAUACUUCGAUAGAAAGCAGAAUUAAAGCUAAGGCCCAAGAAUAUCCAUCCUAUACUGUACUCAGAGGAUCCCAAAAAGACUCUAUUAAUUCCUGUAACUCAAAUGGAAUUAAAAGGACUGCGAACGAUCGCCAGCGCGAAGAAGAUAAAAAGAUUUAUUUCGAAAAUGAUAAAAAACGAACCAAUCCUAAUGAGUCCGAUAUUUCUUAUAGGCAAUCUCAGGUUAGAAGUGAUAACUACAACCGAGAAAGUCAUCAAAGCUUUAAAACGAUACGUAAGUCAGGCAUGACUGUUGCAUCUGGUUAUUCUGCAGUCCAAUCAAAUCACACUUCCCUAACUUGGACUCAGCCAGAACAAAAUUCCCACUUAGAAGUACGGUUGACUGCCUCUGGUCUAAACAAAACUAUUGAACGGUCAAAUGCCACGACUGAUGUGGAAACCCUGGAGACGGUGACUUUAAUGCAACCGCGAAAACUACGAAGCUCUGAUAGUGCGGCGGUUAAAACCCAAUUUACCGGGAUUGAGAACACCGUUCUAAUGGAGACAAGAACCCCAUGCAAAAGGGAAAAUCUACUCCAAACUUGCGGACGGCCUCCCUGUAAUUUCUGCCUUCGGCAAUACACGGGUCUUCCCCCAAGCCUACCUCAGGGAUUUAUGAUAACUAGUCCUGCCGGGCAUCCAAUUCAACCGCAAAUCUCCAUGAGCGCUCCGCAAUACAGAACUCAGUUUGAUGAAAAUUACCUUAUCGAUCCACGGGAUCAAUGGAGGACCGUUAAAUCACCAGCUUCAGCACCUGUUAUGAAUUCUCAAAUUCAUCAGCAUCAACCAACAAAUAUGCACUACACCAACACCAACUUACCACCAACAAAUAUUUCGAUCGAUCAGUAUCCUCGACCUUUAGGUUCCACUACUUUUUACAGUUCAGGCCAUUAUCCUCAAACUUUGCAAGAUAAUAUAAAAAUGCUUCCGGAGGGAUUUUAUGAUCGAACAGUCAAUAAAUAUAAGAUCGCUCGGAUGGACUCGAACUUUCAGCCGCCUUCACUAAGACAGGAAUUUCUUCAGGCACAACAAUAUUCAUAUUAUACCCAACCACCUAGUCCAUAUGAUAAUCCUUAUCACCAUCACCUUAUGAUAGAGCCAAACGGAACACCUAACCUGAAUCGUUCACAUAUUCCACCGCAAAAUCAAUGCCCAUCUGAUCUGCAAUAUCAGCCUUCGAUGUUCUGCCCAAAGCAAAGUGUAAAGUUGGAUGACUAUGAUCAAUCGGAGUACCAAAUUUAAUUACCCAACUUGUAAUAAAUGCAUAAAGUUUGGAAUAA